AAUCUCUAUUAUUCAUGGUAGUUAACCUCUUACUUGCCAAUGUAGUUUGUCAUUUAUUCAGGAGUUAUUUGGGAAUAUUUGUAAAGGCGUGAUAUUAUGUAUCUAAGAUCUAGUUGUCGCCUUCGUUCCUUCUUCACAGUAGUUAGUAGAAAUAGUAGCAUUUAAAGCAAUUCAUUAUGACAAACCACUUGCUAACAGUAUUGAAACAAGCCAUAACAACCUUUACAAGUAAAAAUGAUGCUUUCUGUGCAAAUUUACAGAUUCUUUUAACGCUUUUGGAUAAAAUUAACGUCGAACAUGUUAAUUUGUUGCCACAAUUCAUGACUGAUCAGUUAUGGAAUCAGCCAGGCAAAGCACCUGUUACCUGUAUAGAGAUUUAUGAAGAUGAAAAUGUUUCCAUGGGUAUAUUCAUUCUAAAACCAGAUGGAAAAUUGCCUCUUCAUAAUCACCCUGAUAUGCAUGGCCUUAUUAAGGUAAUUGCAGGAAAAGUUAAAAUUACAAGUUAUUCAAUAAAUACAGAAAAAACUAAAGAAGUUGACCUAAGAAGCUUUGGUGAUGGCUCCACUCCGAUUCGACCCUUAAGCAGAAGCAAUAUUUUGACAGCCGAAUUAGUUUCGGUGUCGAUAGCUAGCACAAAAAGUGCACCAUGUGUUCUGGAACCACAUCAUAAGAAUUUACAUGAAAUACAAAGUUUGGAAGGACCAGCAGCUUUUUUGGAUAUACUUGCCCCACCCUAUGAUUCCCCAAUUGUCAAUAACACCCAAAGACAAUGUUCCUAUUUCACCAAGCUCAGUCAGGUAACACCCGGCAUUUUUCGAUUGAAGGAAAUAAGAUCUCCAAGCUGGUAUUGGACGGACUCUUGCCCUUACACUGGUCCACCAAUUGACAGAGAUGUCAAAAUAUAAUUUUUUUUGCCAAAUUUUUUAAAUAUUUCUUUUUGUUGUCUUUACCUGUGAGUACUUUUUUAAACUUUUGCCUUAGUUGCAACACUUAAAUUUGUCUUCUAGUUUCAAACCCAUUGACAUUUAAAAAAAAAAUCAGUUAUCCAUCUCUUAAGUGUUAACAUAGAUCACAACUUUGUUCUAUUUUUGUUGAAUAGAGAAAUUAACUUUUUUAAAAAUAAACGUGAGAAGUAAU